UAUACUCCAAGUUCUCUAACUGUAGAAGCAACUCUAUUAUACUUGAAUAAGGAUACCUAACAAGAUGUCGAAGAAGAUAAAACUGAAGGGCUCUGAUGGGAAGAGAGUAGUAGUGGAAGAGGAGGUGGCCAUGAUGUCUGAGACCCUCCGUCACAUAAUUGAAGAUAACCUUGCAAGAAAUGUCAUUCCCAUAUCCAAUGUAACUUCCACGGUGCUCUCUUAUGUAUUCCAAUAUUGCAAGAGACACCUCAAUAUGGAUGAUCUUGAGGAUGAUCUUGAGGAGUUUGAUAACGAAUUUGUCGAUGUUGACGUGAACACCCUUUACGAUCUCCUCAUGGCAGCAAAUUAUUUGAACGUGAAAGACUUGCUAUAUUUGGUUUGCCGAAAAGUAGCGGAUUUGAUCAGAGGGAAAACCCCAGAGGAAAUUCGUCUGACAUUCAACAUUGAAAAUGAUCUCACGCCUGAACAAGAGGAAGAGAUAAGACAGGAACACUCGUGGGCCUUCGACUAA